AUGUCCAUGAGAAACGAGCAAUCUCACCGCUCAAGCUCAGAGGGUAAGCUUCCUCGCCUUCCACCAAUUGCAGCUCCAACUUCACCCAGCUCAAGGUUUGACAAAAGUCAUCUAAGAACACACAGGAGGAGUGAAAACAUGCAAGGGCUCUUGACAAAUAAAUUGUGAGUGAUAUUGAACACAAGUCAGUUAUUUUUAAACGAUGAAAGAAAAUCUGAGGAUGGCUUUGUCAGCUGAAAAUUGCAUAAAACCUGUGUAUGGAACUGAUUUUCUAGUCAACAUUGAUGUCAAGGUAUAAGGUGGCUCAGUGAUUAUACCAAAGACGUAAGACAUGUUCUUGAUAAACUCUAAAGACCAAAGUGAAUGAUAGGCCAAAUGUAUAUUUUAUCUUUUGCAUCCAACAUUUUAAGGGCAAGGGUAAUCCAAUAAUCCUUAAUUACCAGCAUAAACAUUUAGUAAGUAGAAAACCUAAUCUUAAGUGUAGGUCUGUCUAACCUAGGUCUCUCUUACAGAAGUGCUCAUUUUAUUUUGUCCAAUCAUCAUGGCAAACCCUCUCCAUUUUUCUGGGGAAGGGUAUUAUUACUUAAAAUCAUAUUUGUAUGCAGUGUGUUUUAUCCACUGAGAUUGUUCAGCAGAAAUUUAUCUGUGAGCUCCUUAUGUUUGCUUUUAUUUAUUAGGUAUGAAAUAGCCUUAAAAGGCAAAGAAGAUACGGAGGAAAGUCUGAAGAGAAGACCCAUAUCGGCUGGGGAACCUGAAAUGCCUUCUCAAGUAUGUUUAUGUUCAUUGCAUGUAUUGCUCUUUAAGAAAAAUGUUUGACCUGCAGGGUUUGCUACAUUGUAUUUGCAUGGUGUAAGGGUAUCGAAGAACAAGGAAGCUUGCUGAAAUCAAGCAAGCAAUUAAUUUAGGUAGUUUGAAAUUCCAAAGGCCUAAAAGGCGCAAUUUUGUCCAUCAAACUUUAUUUAUGGAAUAUAUAUUAUUUUCAUCACAAACCCAAAAAAAAAUAUUUACUGGCUGGUACCCAUGUUUGAUCUAGAUGAGAUAUUUUCAUUCAACAUUUUGCUUCAUGAGCAAUUGAUUGAUUUCAGAACCAUCUCAUGUUUUGGGUGCCAGAUGAGAUGUUGAAUGAAAAUAUUAGAAUGUUUAGGAAGGUGUUCAAGGUCCUAUAGCAGCCAAGUCUGAGUAAGAAAUCUGAUUUCUGACCUCCAAAAAUGGCAUUUAUCACCUUUGCCUUGGUGAGUCCUAACGUGACCAGAAGGUGCACCAAAGGUGGUAUGUAUUUAAAAAAUGAGUGUACUCAUAUCAACUGUCAUGUAUUGUUUCUGUUGUAGAUGAUGAGCACUGAACGGCGAAUACGAGUAAGUGUAGUAAGUUUUUAAUGUAAGCUAGUGCAGAUAUCAAGGAGGUAGUACAUCUUGUGCUCUUUAACCAAAAACCUCAAUGCCUUGCUGGGAAACAAUGACUAACAAUACUAGUAUAGCUUAACAUACAUUCCCAAUUAAGCUUGCAGGCUUACAGACUUGCUGCUAGUCGAGAUGGGGAGUUAUGACUCAAAUAUGAAAGCAAAUAUAUAUGAGUUACAUUCCUACAAAUCUACUAAUUAUAGACCUGUAAAUUACAAGCAUUAACAGCUUAAGUUUUUGUUUAGUGGUAUGAAAAUAGCAGGUUUUCUUAUCCAUGGAGUGAGAGAGACAAAUACAUAAAACCUUAAAAACAUGUAAUCUGAGAACCUAGGAUAAUUUGUUCAAUAGAAUACAUUGUAGCAAAUGAAAAGUUAAAAUUUUUUAAGUUCUAAGACUGAUUUUCUGUUGUAGCUAAACUACCAAUUCAUGAAGAAGUGUGUUCAGGAAGGCCCUGUGACACCAAUGGCUAAUGAGUGGUGGGAUACCAUCUUAACUAUGAUUCCAGCAAAAUUGGUCUUAUCUCCACAACUGCAGCCACACAUCAAGGAGUUAUACGAUGAAAUCAUUGCUGAGUAUGACACCAGUAUCAGAAAGGCAAUGGGUACGUAGAUAUAACUUGUUGUGGUUGUCAUCUUACUGUUAAAAAGUAUUAUAAUAAUUAUGUAGAAUAAAUUUUUCUUUUUGUCCUCCAGUAGAAAAUGUAACACAUGUAGUAGCAUGGUCUAAACUUAAGUAAAUGUUAAAAAUGAAUCAAAAGGAAGUCUCUGAGCUUUUGCUGAUCCACAUCUUACAUACCAUAUCAAGCUUUCUCCAGCUGCUCCACAGAGUGCUUAUCUACUAGAGCCAACUGCCCCAUCUCUGGCAUCAACUUAUGCCUCUGAAGAAAUAUAGUGUUUCAAAUCACAUGCAACCAAUAUAAACAAUGUUACAUUUUGGAGCAUUACAUGAUUCUUUCAUGAUCACAUAAUAGAACACCUCAUCAAUGACAAUUCCCCUCUGAAAAAAACAAAUCCAUGUAUACCAAAAGGGAGUUAAUAAAAGCAUUGAAGUCAAGAUAUUCUAAUUACAUGCACUAAAAAAGAUCUUGCAACCUACAACAGUCACUGUUCAAAGUAUUAUACAUUUGAAAGCACAAACUUACUCUUGACUCUCAAGAAGAAUUCAGUAAACUCACAGCACUUCUAUUUUCACAACGUUAUUUGAUUGCAUUACCGAAAAUACAGUGGACUCAGACGAUCCAUUUUAAUAUCAUCAUAACUCAAUGGCAUCCUUUGGAAGAAUGUAUCUUAUUCCAUUUAGCUUUGUGUUAUUGCAAUCCCUGGAAGAAUGCAAUUAACUCACUUACCUUCUAUUUCUGUUCAUUAACCUGUAUGUUAUUUUAUUUCCAUAAGGUAUUUAUUCCUGACCAUUAUAAUUCUAUCAUUUAAAAUUUUUAUCUGACAUGUACAUGAAAUUUAUUUCUUAGAGCACCCUACAUAUACUCACACUCUCUAUUAUGUCACCUUUCUUCAUCUACCUGGUGUUUACUAGUAUUGUCUUCCACUACAGCACACCUCACCAGCCUAAAUAUAGCUGCAUGCAAAUAUUUUUUAUUUCUGAUGAUGUUAUGGAUUGAUAGAAGCUCAAGGACUUGUUAUGAAUUUGGUUUUUAAUUUUUACAUUAUUUAUCAGCGUUUACAUUAUGCAGUCAGAUAGUUUUGGAAGUGAAUGUUUUUGGUGUGACCACGGUUGACUGUGAGCCAUGGUCAGUAACUAAAUGUGAUCACAGUUAGACACCAUGGUCAACAUCAUUGUCAACCACGUUUGACUCUGAAAAACCAUGGUACCGUGGUCAACCUGAUGCCAGGGUAAGGCCUCACUGGAAACUAUUGCACCAAUAAUGCAGACCAAAAUUAAACCUGAGCUGUAUUGAAACAUAUUUUAAACUCCUGGACUUUGUUGUUCAAGUAAGAUAAUGAAAAUGCUAUCCAAUGGAUAUAUCCCUAUCCACAUGACUCAUUUCAAUUUAUCCUUCUGCAGUCAGGUAGAAUGUAAAAGUUGCUUUCUAUCUAAAAUUGCAGACAGCAUGGUUGUCUCAAUGUGAUGUAACUCAGUGCUGACAAAUUAAGUCAUAGACAAUCAGUAAACCAGUUCUUGGAAAAAGAAAUCAUACACCAACACUUCAUUUUCAUAUUUGACCAACAACUGCUAGUGGUGGUCAGUUCUCAUAAUGGUAGACUUUGCCAAAUUGCUGAACAAGAUGCACAAUUGUGAAGUCUGUUGUUGACUUUUUCGCACAUUUGAAGACAACUCUCAAAUGGUUUUGUUUCUAUUAAAAAUCCCAAAAACACUGAAACCAGUGUUGUCUUAACUUAUGUUCUUUUGAGUGCUAUAGUAUUGAUUAAUUCAUAUGACUUUUUGGAACAGGAUGUACUUAUCCUUUAAUUGGAGCGAGAUACUAACUUGCCUUUUCCUUCCUGUAGUUCAACAUAUCCUUGUUAAACCAAAGGUAAAAGGAGUUGAAGGUGAUGAAGAUUUACCAGAUGAAGUCCUGUAAGUUUACAGGGUCCCUUUCUUUUAUAGAGAGAAAGUUACUAAAAGACCUCUUUCAUAAAUGGCAAGUUAAAUUGGUAUUAUAUAUAUUCAUGAAAAUUAAUUUGUCCAGCCUCAAAAACACUGUUAAAAACUAUAGUGUUUUCACUUAAAAGUGAGGCUUAAAAGGUCUUGAUGUGCAUCACAUCCAUCAUUAUGAAAGAGGUCUGUUAGGGUCUGUCUCCUUAUUGGUUUCUUUUGCAUCAAUACAGUUGCUUAUAUAGGUAUAGAUUUCAAUACAUGUUUAUAAUGGUAGUUGAACUGAGUGGAGUGAAAUUUGGUUGAAAUCAUAUGCGUGAUUUCAUAAUUGAAUGAGUGCACAGCAAGAGUUUGAUUUGAAAUCACAAGUAUGCUUUCAGACCAAAAUUGCAUGACACAAGGUUCAAUUACCACUUUAUUACAUCCAUUUUGAAAUUGUCCAAAUACAGGACUUGGUCAGUUUGAAAUUAAAUUCAUCCAUUUUUUGGAGGGAAAAAUAAGAGUUUGGAAACAAAAGUUCCAAAAUUUGUCACAUGAUACUCUUUGUCUUUCAUUUUCCUUUAAUUUUAUUGGUUACUUUACUAGCCUUGAAAUCUGAUUGGUUGUUUUGUUUUAGUGUAGUCUCCUCAUUGGCUGGGAAAAAGAUGCAAUUUAAAGCAAAAAGUGGUGUGAUUCAUGAAUAAAUCGCACCAAUUAGAGCCAAUUAGAUUACUGGGACCACUAGCGAUUUCAAAAUGGGUGUAAUAAAACACUUAAUUUCAUCCAUAUAUUCCUUGAUAAAGAUGAUUUAAUUUUUUUAUUGGUAGUAUUGAUUUUUCUUCAAUUUAUUUACUGAUUUUAUUUAUUUAAAUGAAACUUUCAUGGGGCACAAGACAGUCAGACAAGAGCAUGUCACAAUUAUAAGAAGGUCGAUGUAAGCCCAAUUGAAGUGUUUGUUGCACAAAGUUAUGGACGCAAAGUCAAUAUCAAACCGCCAUAUUGAAUUCUGCUCUCUUCCAAACAAUCAGGUCCUGGAUCUAGAUACCAGUACCACAAUCUCUUUCUUUUUCCAAAAAAAGGAAACAAGUAAACUACUAAAAGGUCCAAAAGAAAAUAAAUGGCAACCCUGGUGUACCUAAACAUGUGCCUGGACUUUAACUCCAGUAACUAAACGUUUUGCACUCUAUGAACAAUUGAUUGUGGCUCAGUGGGCAUAAGGCCAAAGUUCAACUAUUUAACAGUUUCUUAAGUGUUCAAGACAGUACAUAAUCACAUACGCACAUGUAACUGUCUCCUGUGCAAGUCAUUCCUGGGCAGGACUAGUUAGGCACUUUCAAAUUUGGCUCUGUACCAAGUGUUAUAGUUAUGAAUAAUGCUCUGCAUCAUGCUUCAUAUCCGGUGCUGACUCAGUCAGAAGAAUUUUGAUGUUCUAAAACUUUCUCUUGUACUCAACUCCCUUGGGUGACUUCAUUACUACCUGGUCUUCAUUGUGCCCAAAAACCUCACAAGGCUCAUAUGCUGGAGACAAUCUGUUCUCUCUUCUUCUUCCGAGCAGAACCAAAUCUCUAACAGCAAUAUGUCUGUCUUUAGCAUAAUUUCUUGCAUCAGCAUACUACUUUGCUUACUGUUUCUUCGCUGCAUCGUGAUCCCUUACUUGUUGCAAUAGGACAUCACUCUGACCUCCAGCUUCAACAAACUCAAGUGGCUUGGUAGUUAACUACCUCUUAAAAAAUAGCUCAGCCAGGCUGACAUCUGUUGUCAUGUGAUUUGUUGACUUGUUUUUCCCUGCAUUUCCUCUCGGCAUCUUUGUCUAUGCUGGGCUGCCAAACCUUUGUUGUCAACUGUUCCUGCAAUCUUCAACCUCUUUAAAUUUUCUUCCCCAAUCAGAUUACUUACAGAUCCAGAAUCAGUCAAAACUUCCUGAGCAAUACCAUUAAUACUCACAUUCAUCAUAGGGUCACUUGAGGAUGACACCCCACAAAUAUAUUCUUCAUUAUUUUCAGUCACCAGGAAAGCAAAGGCAGGGUUUUCCUUACCACAACUGUUGCCCUCCAGAGGAUCUUCAGCAUGAUUUGUCUGUCUUUCUGAAUGCUUUUGUUGUCACUUGCUUUCUUUGAAUUGGCCUCUAUCCCUGUCUCGGUUACCAUGCUGUCAUGACUUUUGCAGCAAGAAGCAAAAUGGCCAUACCUCAAGCACUUUUCACAUUUUCUCCCUUUUACUGGACAAUAGGGAUUGCUGGCAAAAUGUCCUGCCUUCCCACAAUUAAAGCAUGUCUUCCUCAACUGAUCUUUAGGCUUUUUUCUUCCUUUUUCUACGCUGCUUCAACAUCUGAUCCACUGACCAUGUGCUUUACCUGCUGGCCUGCCACUUCCAAAGCUCUCACCUUCUGCAAGACUUGUGCCAAAGUGAACUUUUUAGUUUCCAAUAACUUCAGAUCCGUCAAUUCUUGAAUUAACUGAUUUCGUAAAUUGUCAAGAGAAUCACCAAAGUUACAAUGCCUUGCCUGUUGAUAAUGGCAAAUGACAAACUAGUCAACUGGUUCACCAUCAGUCUUAGUGCCAAUUAGUCAAAACAUGUAGCACUCAAAGGGAACAUUUUCUUUGCACUGAAAAUGAUAAUCAAGCUUCCUAAUACACACUGUGUAUGGGUCUUGAUUUCCCUCUGGUUCUGGGUCGACAAUAUCUUCAAAAAUAUCUUGUACCUCCAUUCCUGCGAGAUACAAGAGCAGCGAAGUUUUCUUUCUUGAGCUAUUUAUGUGUGCUUCCACUUUCGCCAUUUGGUUGCCACCUGUGAAGAAGAUUCUGAUAGAUCCAGCAGAGUAAGAGUUCUUUCUCUCAUGAAGACUAUACCCCUAAAAUCUUUGUGUAUCCUUGUCGCUAAUGUAGUAUUUGUUACACAAAGUAAUUUCGACAAUGUAAUGUAAAGUGAUAUAAAGUAAUACAAAACUGCCACAUUGUAUUCUGUUCUCCUCCACACAAUCAGAAGUUCCUGGAGCUAGGUACCAGUCCCAAACCAAUAUUGAUUAGUCUGACAUAGUAUGAUGCUACUCUGGUUUAAAGAUUUAGUGAAUGUAACUGAGAAGUUAAAAUUCGUAGACCCAACAUUUUGAGACUUCUGUCAUGUGCUUUCAUCAGGGGUGAUCUAAUCACUGCCAAAAGAGGUCCUUUUAUAUGCUUAACAAUUAGCUGCCCUUUUUUCUGAUAAGGCAUAAAUAGGUGUAAUAUGUGGCUCUUUGGAUUGGCUCUUUGUGAGUACAUUUGUUUAUAAACCAAUAAGAAUGCUCUUUAGCUCCUACUUUUGCCCUGAGUUACCCUAUUUCUGCACUAUAUUUCCUUAAAGCUGCAUUUCUCUUGGGCAAUCAAAAUCAAGAAUUUUUGUCAUGUGUAUCACUUAUUAGAAUUGAAAUAAUGAUAAGCAACAAUUAUGCAAGGGUGAGAACCAACGUGAAACUCAACUGGACUGUGAUACCCAGUCAGGAAAGUAAACUGGGGCCACAGCCUUAAGAGGUGAGGCCUGGGCUCUUACACUUGUACCAUUCCUGAAUCCCUGUACUUCUUAACUUAGACGUAUGGUUUACAUAACUUACUUGGAUAAGCAAUUAUCAUUAUGUCAUUUUAAUCUAUUAUUACAAGGAUGGUACCAUGUAGCCUUAAACUGAAGAACUUUCUCUAGAACUGAUAUAUUCUCACAUAUAUGGCUGUUUUCAAGAAUAAAUUGUUCUGUUUUUUGACCCAGUGGAAUUGACUAUUCCAGUCCAUGGAGAGAGAGCUUUAAUGCUGCGCGAGAAUCAAUUCGGCAAAAUCUGCACAUAUUGCACCCAUCAAUGCAGACAAUUCUGGGAAUCUGUCAAAGCAAGAAUUACUCAACCAUGUUGAUAACUGAUCAGUCCAAUCUGAGGUUAGUCAUAUUAUUUGUUUUAUGUGCAUCGAUAUCCACCUUUUAUGAAGAGUUGAACAUACGUUCUGUAGAUUUUCAUCACCUAGGCCAUCCUUCAGCCUUGUGUUGUGCACAUUUUUAUAGUUCCUUAUGGUAGAGGUGCCUUGUUUCAAUUGUUAUUUUCAAAUUGUAUAGAUAAAGAGUGUGCUGAAGACGGCCAAUUGAAAGAUUUAAGAUGGAGCCUUGGCAAGGCCAUCGUAUUGUUCCAUUAUCUUAGACAUUACAUACACACACACACACAGCCUCUCUACAGGCAGGAUUAUGAUGGGGUGUUGGCAUAUUAACUAGCAAAAUGAGGAAAUGGAGUAGAGGCAGUGUUGUUGUAAUGGUAUACAUUUUGUCCAAUGGGGCGGGGGGGGGGGGGUUCAAUUCUCUUAGUUGCAUCAUGCUACUGACACCAGGUUAAGUCCUGGUAAUAUUUGCCUUUUGGCUCGUUAGCUAACUGAACUUUGUAUCACCUUACAAGGCUGUAUGGAGGAUGUCUUUUUCUUUGCAGAACUCAAGGCUCUAUUGAAUGUGAGCACCUUAAAAAUAAUGUAACACUUGAUUGUGAGAAGACUGAAGAAAAGCUUAUGCACAGGUAGGUGUUAGUAGAACUUUCUAACAUCUUGAAAAUUGAUUCAAGUUUUGAUUUUUUCAGAUCUCUCGUGCUCAUUUUCUAUCCUAUUUGAGAUGAAAUAACAGAGUGUUAAUAUUUACAUGUGUUAUGUAUUUAAGAGUGGAGAUCAUCCUCUCAAGCUCUUGAUAUCUGAUUCAUAUAAAUACAAAAUCCAAGCUAAGGAUACUUUGUUAAUGAGGUUUGACAAAGGCAAACUUAAGUUUAAGGAGUGGGUAUAGACUAUUCAGUUCUCACCAUGGAACAGAUACAGGUUUAAUUACCUCUGUAGGAGUGUAGGAGAAUUGUCAUUUUGUGUUCUUUCUAACAGCUGCUGAUAUGACUUUGGACAUUGACCAAUUUUUUGCUGUAAUAUAUGAAUUUUUUUCUUUGCAAUCAGUUGGUUCCCAGAAGUGGUGAAUGUUUUUAUUGACAAAGAUAUGCUGAAGCACAUGAGCUCUUCACAAGUUGAUGCCUUUUACAACUGUGUCUCUACACUUAUUUCUAACCAGGUAUUGGAGAGGGUAUCAUUAUAUACUUCAAACUUUGAUCUAUCUUUUUCAUAUGAAUUUAGAGAAAACUAGAUUUUAUUUUCAAACAAAUUGUGCAUGAUUUUCGUAGUUGAAGGAUCUGAUAAACAGAACCAUAACUGCAUGGACAGAUCUGUUUCACAAAGACAAAAGUUGCCUUCCACUUUUCAAGAUGGAAUUGAUCUUAGAUGAUGAUGACCACAUGCAAUUCUAUCCUGCACUUGGUGAUGUGGAGGCAGCAGUAUUACAUGUUAUAUCCACAGUUGCUGGAACCAUGCAACAUGUUCCCACAGUACAGGUAAAUCUUUAAAGCAAUUCCUGAUGAAUUGAAGUUUGCUUAUGCUUUCUUUUCCAGAAAAAACAAACAAACAAAAAAAAACACAAGAACAAUUAUGUAAACUGCUAUCUUGGAGGGAGAAUUGGUGAUGAUGAAAUGCUUUUUUUUUUUUUUUUUGGAUCCUUUUUUCUAAAUACUUUAACAGCUGGCUCACACUGGCUUAAGGAUGUGCGAUUUUUCAUUCAUUUAGCUGACUGAAAAGGAAUUUGUGGAUGGGAUUGACUUUCACACAGACUAUUGUGAAAACACUACAAAGGAAAAUUAGAAUUUACUUGAAACCAUUAGACCAGUGUUGGUUCUUCUUAUGUUCUAUGGUGACACAUUCUGGUGCAGCACAUUAAAGGGAAUGGUCAGUGAGGGUAGCUUAAGGAUGAAGUGUAGAUGACUGAGUGACAGUUUCAGUAUUAUAACCAUGAGAAGAGAAUGUGUCCUGUCUAACUUGUUGGAGAAAUACCCAGUUAUCUUUAUUACUUUGUAUGCAACAUAGAUCACUCACUCACUUAUUGUGAAGAAGUUCAGGUAGUACAUGGUUACCAUAGCAAAGUGGUUUUUGGUACCUUAAGGUACAUAAUUAUUUCAGGCUUGUCAAGAAAUAGGCCUGUUUGAUAUUCUUUAUUUGAAUUAUUUAUGACAAAAAUUGACUGUUGAUUAAUUCAUCAUUUAAUUUAUUUAAACAGCUUCACUUAAGUCAAAGUUGUAAUAAUUCUAAUGACCGCACUUUUGAUCUGUUGUGCAGUCCUGGUUGGCAGGGGGAAACACAGUAACUCAUGUGGAUGCUGCUGUUGAUAAUGAUGUUCUGUUGAGGUGCACUAAGUUCCUAAAGGAUGCUGUGAACUUUAACUUACAGCAACCUAUAGAGUACCUGCAUUCCUUUGGUAAGUAACGAGCAAAGUCAUCUUUAUUAAAGUGAGUUAAGUAUAACGAAAUGUUUUUACCACCUUGGCAGGGGGAUUGGGCACAAUGAAGAUAACAGAUGUGAUGUCUCUGCAAGUAAUAAUAUGUUAUCUAAAUAGCUUCCCCCAUCAUGUGGUUUGUAGCUAGGAGUGGCAUAAACUGGAUUCAAAAGCUUACUUCUGACUAAUGGUGCCUGGGCUAAAUCAUAAAACUUGAGAUGGAUAUCUUUUUUUAAGCAUCAGUAAAAAAAACUUACUCAGAUUUUCAAGCUUUUAGGUGAAUCUUAUAAGAUCCAAGUUUUUCCAGUCAGGUGGGGACCAAAGAACUGUAUUAUCCAUAAAAAUGUGCUGUCUCAAUUAACUUAUGACCUCUUUACCCAAGUACUUUCUUGGUUAAUUUGUUUCUUCUGCCUUUUCCCUUUGAGUAAGAGUUUUCUUUAAACUUAUGGACUCCUUUUGCCACAUUGAGUAUUAUAGAUGACAGGAGCCUUAGGUGAAUAGGGCUCAGUAAAAUGGUGAGCCAUGUUGUUAAGUUGUUCUUCAGCAGAGUUGUCAUGGAGGCAUCAUCUAAAUCAAUCUCAAAAGCUUUUUUCUGUGUCAAGGUCGCUAGUCUUGGGUGAUCUUGAAGUGUAGGUGUAAAUGAAGUGGAAUGGUGGAGGAGUAAUCUGAUGGGAAAAGCAAAAAAACUCACUCUUUUGCUUACCUAAGGGACCUUUUUAGAUGCCAAAUGUUUUCAGUGUUGGGGUGCUUUAUGCUUGCUUCCUCACAUGACCUAUGACAUUACUCAAUUGAAACAUGAAAUAAAUGAUGUCAAAACUACCUAUGCAUCACUAACAACAGCUAAGAAUCAUUUGUAUUAGAGGAAUACUUGGGCAAACCAUAGGCUUUAAUUUGGCUCUUUUUUUAGUAUAAUGUACUUGUGUUGAAUUUGCAGAUAAGUAUAGUGCUCUGGUCAGUGGGGAAUCCUCAGCUCGUGUCAAGCAGUUCAUUUCAUCUGAAAACUCCUUUGAAAAUUACAUACAGGUAAUCAUGUAACUGUCCUUUGCAUGUUAAACAGUGAAGUUGAACUAAACUAUCAUCUGUAGGCAAGUCUCUUUUUGGUUCUUUUUGUGAUCGUUCAUGGAGUGUGUUCCCAAAUUCAUCCCAACAACCCUUGGUAUAUCCCUGGAAGGCCUUUUCCAAUUAUCCUCAAAGCCUUCAAAAACACUCAAGAUGGAAAAUGUUGUGAGACCUUACCUGAUUUGAGUAGUACUCUUUGAAUUAUUGUUAUUGGCACUGUUCAUCUGCUAUAUGGGUUCUCAUAUCAGUUGCCUUUUCUUGUAUUUUAGCCAUGUUUAGUUUUCUUGCCACUCUUUUUACAUUAGGGAAUUCAAACAGCUAUCACUUUGCAGUGAAGCUAGAGAUUGAGUGUCAUUCCUAUUUGCAUCAUUAUAGAUUCUUUUGUUGCUAUGAAAAAGUUGGCUGCUGUUGAUUUAGCUCAAACAAUUAUUCACGUUUGUUUGAACAGCUAAAUGUCUUGUAUUUUGAUGGAGCUCUCCAAUGCCUGAUUGAAACAUCUCUAAUCCUAACACUGAUGAUCAGAAUAUGAAAAGAGGAAAUCAAAAUGAACCAACAAGCAUUUGUAGAAACACAAUAUGAGGGAUGCAUUAGCAUUUAUUGGCUUAUUGACAGCUUGUCUUUUCUGGAUGUUUCUUCAAAAUUUUGCCCUAUAAAUGCAAUGCACAUUGGCAACAGCAAUGCUAAUCAAGACAUUAUGGUAUGUCUUCAGCUGAAAAGAUGAAUUUUCAAAUUAAACAUGGACAUAACAGGAAGCUUGAAAUCCACUUUCUUUGUUUAAAUAACAGGAAAUUGAAAAGUUUCGUUCCCUUGCUCGGGAAAUAAGUUCACUUCCAACUGUGGCACAUUUUGACAUGGUUCAAUUAGACUGCGAUGAUUUGAAGAGAGGCCUGGCUACCAAAGCUAAUCGUUUUGCAGAUCAACUGCUUCAAAUGCUGGCUGAAGAACACCGCACAGAAAACAGAAGGUAGUUUGUUACUGCCACAAGUAUUAUCAUCUUAAUUUAUUAAAACAUUAUCUGGCACAAUAUGAGACAUUCCGAUCACUUUGAAUAAAAACUUUUCUGUCAAAAAAAUACUAACUGUAGCAACCAGAUUAGCAUGAGAACUUGCCUUAGUUUUGUUCUGAAUCACCUUUAAAUUUUUGUGGUGUUUUCUUUUUACUUCAUUUCCUUUGUUUCAUGUCAACUGUCUUUUGUGCAAAGAAGGAAGUCCACUAGCCCCUUAAGUUUGAACUUUCAGUGCAGGAAUAUUUACAAAGGCUUACAAUGUUCCUAUUUCAAACUUCUGUCAAAGUCUGGACAAAACGUUUUGAAGGAAAGAACUUAUCCACUUUCAUGAGGUUAAUCCUCCUUGAAGUUUAGGUAUCAAAGCACGGGACUUAGGAAUGCAAUCCAGUUCAAAUUAUUAUAAAAAUUGUGGUAAUCAAAAGAAAUUUACGAGAAAUAUAUGGUGUGUUGGGUUUAUUUUGUUUUACAGA